AUUACAGCAAUCGACCCAACCAUCCUCCACCACGACCACCUCCUCCUCCAGCUUAUGCCUACAAUUCCAAUUUCUCUCAUCAACCAGCAUAUCCAGGGAGAGGCUACGCCAUGCCACCUCAACAACCCAUGUACCACAAUCCCGCCCUAUAUCCUUCCAACCCAAUCUAUCCACCACCGCCGCCACCACCACCAGCCAAUAACAUGCAUCCACGCAAACGCAAGCGAGACGACUACAGUAAUAAUAAUCACCACAAUACCAAUAUCCACAGCAAAAAGCAGCAAACCUAUUCUUGCGACAUCUGUCAAGUAUCGGCAGACACUCCCCAAGCACUCCAAGCGCACUUGGAAAGCCACAUUACUUGCCAAAAAUGCGACUUUCAAGGCGCCCCCAAGAUCGUCAAGGCACAUUUUCAAAGUGUACAUGGAAAGUACAGCAGUGGGGGCUUUAAAACGGUGACGGUGGCCGUUCCAGGAUGCCGAGUCCAACGAUUUCGCAUUUGUGUCGGAAAUCGACCCGAAGAUGUGCAACAGUGGAUUGCCGAACGAAAAAAACGAUUUCCCAGGAAACAGCAGCAGCAAUCUCAACCACAAUCACAAAAAGAUAAAGACAGUACUACAACAAAAGAUCAAAAGGAAGAAAAGGCAUCGGGGGUUUCGGACUUGUUGGAUGGAUAUGGGUCUUCUUCUUCCGAAGAUAAUGAUGAAAAUGACAAUAAUAAUGCAGGCCAGGCAAAGAAGCUGGAAUCAACAACUACAACCGUCAAUUCAGGGGAGACAGCCAUCAACAAAAAUGAUAUCGACAAAGGCAAUCCAUCAAAUGAGAUGGACAAGAAUGUACAAGAGGAAAAGAAGGAGGACAUUGCCGCUGCUGAAAAGCCAAAUGGCUAUCGAACCAGGAUUUGCCGAUACUUUGCCAGGUUUGGAAAAUGCCGCAAUGGAGAUGCCUGCACGUUCCUCCACGAACGACCAAACAGCGCCAAUUCUUCUUCUUCCAAGAAACAGCAGCAGCAACAACAACAACGACGGCAGUCCACCAAAGAGCCGCCCAAGAGCCUGUUACGGUCCCUACUUGCUAGAGAUAUUCAACGGGAGACUGCCCUGACAUUGCAGCUUCUUCGGUACAUUGUGGAUCAGAAUUUCUUUCAAGAGGAAGCCACAAACAAAAAUGACGACAAGACAACAGCAUAGGCCUAGCUAGAUUUACUAGCGGUAGAGCCGUACGAUCUAUCGGUACCAGACAAUUGACGGCCAUGGAAAAACUGGCCCGACCUUGGUCGUCCGCUGCAGUGGCUACGACUAUGGACUCUGUUGGCAUCUUGCUUUGCAUGGCAAGGCAAUGCCCACAGCUUGGGUACCGUACAACCAGGCAGCACUUGCACCGCCAUUUUAGUUUUCAUCAUUGGCUACAGAUCCAAUUUGCGGUUUUCGACGUACAAUUUGGUCUGUCCCCCGCCAGUGCAAAACUCCGUCUGACCUUUUCACCUUGCGCACGGCGACCUCCACUUGUCAAUAUAUAUACCGGGCAGACCCCGGUGAUCUCUGACCCCGUUUAUUGUGGUGGUGGUGGGGGUUGGUUGGUCAUCCUUAGGGUUAGAGCUCUCAUAAAAUUGCCCCCCUAAGCACUCUCCCCCCAUUUCUUAUUGAUUGUUUUGCAAUUCUACUCCAUCUUUCAUACUUCUUUACUUUCCUUCUUCCACUUGAUUCCUCUAAACAGACUUGACUCCCAUUAUUUGUACGACACCUGUGUGGUGCCUGAUACUGGGUAAUAUCCCUGUAUCUCUGGGCCUUUGUUGUGAUGGUAUUUGUUUGUUGAAGAUCCUUAGGGAUAAAGUUCUCACAACUGUUUUUUGAAUACGGUAGAUAGUUUUUAGAUUCGGCCUUUUGAUAUCUCUUAGACAUCUAGUUGAAAACCCAU